UAUAUCGACUGGAGGUAUACCAUAGAGACGCUCUGUAACUGUGCAAUCAAAGAGGGGAACUUCUGCGGGUGGCUCUGCUAAUCCAGCUGAGUCCGCCACGCUCGAGCCGGACGUCUUCUACACUGCUGGUUUCGCUGUCUUCUCCAAGAUGCAGCGGACUUGUCACCCGCUGUUUAUCGUCGAAAAUUCGCUGAUCCGGACCUGCCAGUAGUCCCGUCUGAAGAGGGACGGGAACAGUGGGACAGCGGGAUCACCAGUGUGGAGGAUAUACGGGGCGGACCUGGGACUGUGCGUACCUGGGGCAACCUGGAUAUUGUGCGGAGGGACCCCAGAACAUCGAGGGGUUGGCCUUAUAAACGGACCUCGGGGCGGCAGUUCUCAGUACGCUCAAUGCACUUGGGAAACCGUCUCGGGGAUGAAGACGACGGCCGGUGACGACGAGAGUGGCCUUGGCAGAGCUGCGUUCAGACAUGAAUUUGUCUUGAAAUUGUCUACUACCAGUGCACAUAAAGGUCUCAUUGGCCACCGUGCACUUGUCUAUUUUUGGAUCAAAAUUAUAUCUUUGGCGAAUACCCAGGCAGCCGGAGUAAAUUUGACCUACUUUGGCUCAUUUUUUUUCCUUGAAAGGUCACAGGGGCAGGUCCAGCCAAAAUGACUCCGUGAAGGGGCGCGUAUGGACCUGAAAAUAAACUCGGAACAACAACAUCAACAUCGUCACGUAGUAAACCCAGGAAUGCAAAUAGUGCACGCUUGUCGAACAUACUGUCUUACAGCAGCAACGAUGGCAAGAACAAAGCCGACAGCUCGUAAAUCCACCGGUGGAAAGGCUCCACGCAAACAGCUGGCUACCAAGGUUUUCAAUGACCCCAUCCAUGGUCACAUAGAGUUACAUCCAUUGUGCGUGAAGAUAAUCGACACCCCGCAGUUCCAGAGACUGCGCUUCAUCAAGCAGCUUGGAGUGUCCUAUUUCGUCUACCCUGGAGCAUCGCACAAUCGAUUUGAGCACUCUAUUGGAGUAUGCCACCUUGCAGGUCGUUUGGUCAGUAGGAUAAAAGAAAAUCAGCCUGAACUCAAAAUCACCAAAAAAGACGUCUUGUGUGUUCAGAUUGCUGGCUUGUGUCAUGAUCUAGGACACGGACCUUUUUCUCAUGUGUUCGAUAACAAGUUCAUACCUGCAGUACGUCCUGGUUCAACAUGGAAGCACGAGGAGGCCUCUGUGGAGAUGUUUAAGUAUUUAGUGAGCGAGAACCAGUUAAAGGAGGAGUUCAAGCGCAAUGGUCUCACCCGCAAGGACCAGGACUUCAUUACGGAGCAGAUCAAGGGUGUCGGUAAGCAAAAGAGAUGGACUUUGAAAGGAAGACCUAAAGAGAAGAGUUAUCUUUAUGAGGUGGUAGCGAACAAGCGCAACGGAAUAGACGUUGACAAGUGGGACUACUUCGCGCGUGACUGCCACCAUCUCGGAAUCAAGAAUAAUUUCGAUCACAACCGAUGUAUUAACUUCGCUCGUGUCAUAAAAGCUGAGGGCGAGUGGCAGAUUUGUACCCGAGACAAGGAGGUCGUCAGUAUCUAUGACAUGUUCUACACACGGACGAACCUACAUAGACGCGCUUACCAGCAUAAGACAACAAAUAUUAUUGAAUACAUGAUUGUGGAAGCCCUUGUGUUGGCCAAUAAUCACAUCAAGUUUCGUGGAAAGGAUAGGAAAAUGAUGACGAUGUCAGAGGCAAUAUAUGACAUGACUGCAUUCAGUCAGCUUACAGACGAAGUUUUCUCACGCAUUCUACUUCUUGACUCCAAAAUACCCAAAUUAAGAAGAUCGAAGGAAAUCAUACACAACAUCCUCACUCGCAAACUGUACAAGUGUGUUGGUGAGAUACAGCCGGGAGAACCACGUAAGGAGGAAGACAAGCCUAAAAUAAUUACCGAAGUGUUUUCAAAAUUGGCUCCAAGUGAAAAACAAAGCAUGAAGAAAGAAGACAUCGUGAUCCUGUUUGUUAAUCACGACUAUGGAAUGAAAGAAAAUAAUCCAGUGGACAAGGUCAGGUUUUACUGCAAAAAAGAACGUGAUGUUGCAGUCAGGAUUUUACAGGAGUCCAGCAUGUUGCCAAGGAAUUUCAAUGAGCAGGUGAUAAGGAUAUACAGCAAGAACCAGAGCUACUGUGAUAUGCUGGAAAGGGCGUUUAAAGAAUGGUGCAAAGACAAUAAAAUCUCUCCUCAAAAGUUUGUUCGUGUUGGGAAAAGAAAACUUCCCAAAGGCUCGACAACAUCGUUGCCUGCCAAACGCCUUAAAAAAUAAUCAGCAUCUAUCACAGAGGAACUGUAUUAAUCAAUAGAUGUUCUGAGAUUGAAAACGUUCUAAAAAAAGAUAUUAUUAUAGCAUUUUGCUAUACAUGUUAGCUUAUAGAUUUUACAGGAAACUGAAAGUUGCUUAAAACAAAAGUAAUUUUUUCACCGAAAAUACGUUUUCUGUGAUUUUAAAGUUAACAAAGUGUAUUUUAAUGUUUGUGUUUUUGUGUUUUGUUGUUUGUGUUUGUUGAAAAUUGCGUUUUUUUUUAAAGAAAUAUAGAUUUGGUUACAACAAAAAUAUUAAAAAAUAAUUAAAAAUAAAAAAAGACAAAACAUUACCACACUAUAGUAACAAAUAAUGCAUUUGGGCCAUAAUAAGAAAUUCUGUAAUUGUUUUUAUAAUAAAAAGACAAAACAUAACCAAUAGACGACUUUAGAGAAUCGACAUUUUAUUCAUAUUUUAUUUAAAGUGCUAACUUGUAUUGUUAUGUCACAAAAAAUGAAACCAGUUAAAUUGUAUGUAAUAUUUACAUCUCUAGAGUUAUAUGGAAUUAUUUACAUCUCUAGAAUUACAUGUAUAUGGAAUUAUUUAAAUCUUUCGAAAGUGCUUCAUAAACUUAAUCGUUACGUUUGUUGUUAGGGUAGUUGUUUGCUGUGGUGUUGCUGACAAAGAGAAAAAACUAUGUAUAAAAAUAGUGGGUUGCUGUUAGAUAUUGUGUGCCUAAAUUCGCAUUGUGAUAUUUUGUUGCAAUAAUAAGUACUAGUAUUAUGGCACGUUUUGUUUUCGUCUGUAUACUGAUACGGGUGACCAUAUCUUAUGUUCACAAUUGUCUAACACAAAUCUUUGACUUAAAUGCUAAAUUAUAUCUAAAAGGUAUUUUUUCGUAAAAUCAGACAUUUUAAAUCUAUCAACCAGGUUUGCAGCUGAUUUAGUUCACUAGUGUAUCAAUAUUGUAUGCUUUGUUGCUUUACGCGAGUUUUUGGAUGAUUUUAACAGGUUAUGUUAUUCUGUGUACUAAUUUGUCCCUUACCGGUUUCACAGUUGAUGACUUUAUGUUUAUCCCUUGUCCUGCCAUUUGACCAUCUUUCCGUUUGUUCAUCGAAUCUGGAUCCUGCGUUAAUUCAAAAGGUACUUAAGCUAUAAUGAUUAAACUUUAUAUGUGGAUAAGAGGCCGUAUGGGGAAUAUUCUUGUUAUUUCCGUGGUUUUGCAUACCAAAAUUGUGCUAAUUGAUAAAAAUUAAGCCUUCAUGUACAAAUAUUACUUUGACAAAAAUGGUGUUAAAGCUACAAGUGAUGCAGUUUUAGGGGUGCUUAUCGGCACAGACAUUACGUAUUCAUGGGUAUGCAUUGUUGAGAAAAACCAUUAAUGGACAUUACAUUUAAAACAUGCUUUGUUUAAUUUGUCAAUAUGGCCUAUUUAAAGUUAAAUAUAUAUGAAGCUAUUAUUUCAGGUAUUUCACCUCACUGCCUUUCACAUUUUUGUUUUAUAAUAUGUAUGUCAAUUAAUUAUUAUGUAAACCGUCGACCGGCAUCAUAGAGGAUUUGUAUCUGGUUUAGGUCGAUUGAAUACAGUUUGUGAUCCUUGAUAAAAGUACGCAGUUGUUUUAAAAUGAAUUUGUAGAAACAUUAAAUUGUGUUUUUCCCAUAUCAAGCAAUAUUUUACUUGUGUACUUAAGAAUUUCCAGAACCGUUGAAGGCAUGAUUCAAAGGCAAUUGAAUGCAUACUUUCAAGUACCACUAGAUGCAUAGUUUUAAGACUUUCAAUGAUAUAAGAAUGUAUUUCCAGGAUAGGACGCAGUUUAUCAAGGGUAAUUGAAUACAAUGUUUUAAGGACCUUUUAAUGUUUUAUUUCAAGGACAUUUGAAUUCAUAAUUUGAAGGACCAUUCAAUGCAUAAUUUUAAAAUCAUAGAGUGAUUUCGAAACCCUUAGGAUACAUUAUUGCAGUGAUAUUUCGAUGCAUAACUUAAAAGACCUUACAUUGCAUAAUUUAAAAGACCUUACUAUGCAUAAUUUAAAAGACCUUACUAUGCAUAAUUUAAAGCACCAUGGCAUGCGUGAUUUCAAUGACCUUUGACUAAGAUAAUCUCAUCAUGUACGUUUACUCUUAUGUCCUCGAAGUUUGCUAUUUGAGUGUCUUGAGGCACGUUUUUUGACGCAUUGCUUUUCCUACAUGUAUUGUUGUUUAGUCACGCAGCAUGCGCAAGCAGUAUGUCUUUGUUUGCGUAUUUUUCCGUCCUAAACAAUUGCUUAAAACUGGUGUAUAAAGUAAAUACUGUAUGAGAAUUUUUAUGAAACUACAAUUCUCAAAAACAUUUGUACCAGUCUUAUGUGAGCACAAUAGUCAUUAUUUAAUGCCAGUUGCCAUCCAUAAAUCAUCUCUUUUUAUGUCCCCCACCACAAUAGUGGGGGACAUAUUGUUUUUGUCCUGUCUCGUUGUCUGUUGAUUUGUCGAUUUGUGGGUUUGUUUGUUUGUUGCUUUGUUUGUUUGCGCCAAACUUUAACAUUUACCAUAACUUUUACAAUAUUGAAGAUAGCAACUUCAUAUUUGGCAUGCAUGUGUAUCUCAUGUAGCUGAACAUUUUGAGUGGUGAAAGGUCAAUGUCAAUGUCAUCUUUCAAGGUCAAAGGUCAAAUAUAUGGGUCAAAAUCGCUCAUUUAAUGUACACUUUUGAAAUAUUGAAAAUAUUUACUUGAUAUUUUGCAUGCAUGUGUAUCUCAUGGAGCUGCACAUUUUGAGUGAAGAAAGGUCAAGGCAAAGGUCAUCCUGAAAGGUCAAAGGUCAAAUACAUGGGUCAAAAUCGCUCAUUUAAUGUACACUUUUGCAAUAUUGAAGAUAGCAACUUCAUAUUUGGCCUGCAUGUUUAUCUUAUGGAUUUGCACAUUUUGAGUGGUGAAAGGUUAAGGUCAAGGUCAUCCUUCAAGUUUAAAGGUCAAAUAUAUGGGGACAAAGUGUUUCACAAACACAUUUGUUUUAUAUGCAUUUAUACUUUUAUAUAAUUUAACAGCGUAACAGUUAGUGUAUUUGCAUGAUAGUUAACACAGUUAUGCAUUAUGUGAUAGUCUUUAUCUUAUUAGAACAAUUCUUAGCUGUACAUUUCAUUAUACAAUGGAUUUAUUACAUGAUUAAAUGAAAUUUGAAAUAUAAACAGGGAAUAAAGUUUUCAUAAUCUGA